AUGGGUCCAUGUAUUCCCCGAAUCGACACGAUCAACACCAGCGGCGAGCUCAGGGCCGAAAACUCGACCAAAAAGGGCGCAGUCAUCGCGUCUCUGCAGCUCGGGGCACUCGUGGGCGCCCUCUCGUGCAUUUCCUUUGGUGAUCGGCUUGGCCGGCGCAAGACCAUCUUCCUGGCUGCCAUCAUCGCCAUUAUCGGCCAGCUGUUGCAGACCUCAUCGUACGGCAUCAUUCAGUUUACCCUGGGCCGGGUGAUUCUGGGUAUUGGGGUCGGGCAGCUGAGCGCCACGGUCCCAGUGUUCCAGGCCGAAUGUAACUCGGCAAAGCAUCGUGGGCAGCAUGUCGUUGUCGACGGCAUAUGCAUGACUCUGGGGUUUGUGCUGUGCAACUGGAUCGACUUUGGCUUUAGCAAGACAUCGGGUGAAACCCAAUGUCGGGUCCCACUGGCCCUGUCCUUUCUCUUCCCGCUAACUAUCCUGGCGACCGUCUUCUUGCUGCCGGAAUCGCCGCGGUGGCUUGUGCUGGUCACCCGCCGCGAUGAGGCGGUCCACAGCCUUGCAGCCUACAAGGGCCUCAGGGUGGACGACGAGGCCGUCCAGACAGAGAUUGCAAGCAUCGAGUCAUCGUUGGAAAUUACCGAAUUAUUCAUAGUAAGGCUCUUAAUCUAA